UCAUGUGAUACGUGCUGCCUUCUCUCUGUCUUUCGGAGGCUGUUGGACACAAGUGAAGUUAUCUCAAGUCAAAAGUUUAUACAUCUAAGAUAUUCUUGGUUUUAAACAAAACACCAAUAUGGCGGAACUAGGUUUUGUGAUCGCCAUCUCUGUGGUGACCCUGUUUUGGGCCCUCAUCGGAGGAGUUGUGCCGCUGUUUAUCCCCAAAGGACCAAACAGAGGAGUGAUAGUCACAAUGCUGGUGUUAACUGCAAUUUGCUGCUACCUUUUCUGGUUAAUAGCAAUUCUGGCCCAGCUGAACCCACUUUUUGGGCCUGCUCUGUCCACUAACACCAUCUGGUACCUGAGAUAUCACUGGCCUUAAUUUUACAUUUUCAGGACUGACCAUGAAGGGGAGGAUGUGACACUGCUGCAUACCAAUGAACAUUUGCUACUCACUCUAUGCAGAGAUCAUUCCUUCUGAAUCGCCUUAAACUCAGAUCCCUGUGUGAUUACUGAGUGAUGCCCUCACUGGUGCCUUGUACAAAAAUGAUUUCCAAAGGACUUCUGAUAGAUCUCACUGAAUGUGCUUUACUUUAAAUUAAAGCAGCCUUCACUUGGUGUUGUUUGGUUUAUAUAUGAUGUAUAUUGUGUUAUUGUUAAUAUGAAUGAGCUUGCCUUUAAAUAGUUGAUGUGUGUGUGAUGUGAUCUUUCUUUGUCUGUUAAUAUGACUGUUGGAUGUAUUCCACUGAACUGUUAAUUAAUAAAGUAAUAAUCAAAAA